AUGGCGAAGAUUCCUCGAGUCACUCUUCGGACGAGUUUGCUGGCCUGGGCCGCCAUCACCCUGGCUUUUGCGUGGACGGGCUCAAGACCAUGGCUUAUCUUCUCAGCGGCUGAAGUCUCAGAGCCUUCUCCGGUCGAGUUCGUCCGGAAGAAAGAUAACCCCUUUGUGGAUGCAGUGGCGGGCACCAUUUGUGCUGGCAUCGCUUUUUCCCUCCUUUGGCUCAAUGAAGGCCAUGCUGUGAAGAUAGAGCAGCUGCUAGAUUUGGUUCGACGUCGUGUCCGGGAGAUUGGGACGUCGGCGUUGCCGGAAAAUGAAAGGCAUCUUGUGUUCUUGAAUGGGGAUGCCAGGACGACUGAUCAGUUGGUACUGCCAGAGUGGGGUGGUGUAUCUGCCCCUGCCAACUCUGCCAAACUCAGGGCGCAAGCCUUCAUGUACCAAUGGGAGGAGGAGAAGGACGACAAGAGCGUGAAGUACAACCAAGUUUGGAAGAACCACCGAGUAAACUCGGACCGAUUUCAAGAAUCCGGACAUGACAAUCCGAUGUUCCCGGUGGCUCCGACUUGCAUGAAGUUGGCAAAGGUGGCCGUGGGAGACUUUGUCUUAUCCAAGAAGAUGUUGGGAAAGCUCCAAAGUUACCAGCCCUGCGAAGUGAGUGAAGAUGUGCUGCAAGCGAUUUGCGCGAAUCCGCGGAUGAGCGCCUAUUUAGGCGAGCCCCGCCAUUUCCAGUCGAACUUGUGGUGGUCCGAAUCGAGCAAGCCUGCGCUGUUCUUCACUUUGCGGGGCAACGUUGGUUCUUCUCCCACGACACCACGGAUCGGAGACCUCAUGCUUAUCUUCGAAUAUGUGCCGUGUGCUGCUGUGAGCCUCUUGGGUGUACAGGUGCCUUUUGAAGCAGAUGCCGGCAAGAUCUUGGUUCCAGGCUUGCGUUGCCGAGUUCAGGACAGGGCGGCAGAGAUCUGUGAGGUCACCCCACCUCCGUUGCCAAUAAAGGUGCAUUUCACUGAGCAAUCGUUCGGGGAGGACACCGACUACUUCGAGAUGAGCGAUGUGGUUUGUACGGAUCCUUUGGAGCCAUGGGAGGUGGGGCCGAACCAGUGGACCUUCGUGCCACUGCAAUUCAAUGAGAACAAGGCGGUGCGAUCUAUGUGGAUCAGAGCUAACACUGCCACAACGAACAUCGCCGACGAAAUGGGGCGCACACUGCUGGGUGAGAACGAGGUGGACAUUUACAUCGAGGACGACCGAUCCAUCAUAUUGCAUCUCCAGCACGGAGUGGACCAGAUGUUAAAGAUGUUGAAGCAGACUCUCAAUUGCGUGAAGCUGGCCUCUGCGUUCCUAGAUGGCUCAUCUCCUGAUGAACUUUGCCUUGCGUUUGAGGGCACGUACUCUUGCGAAGCGGUGAUCAUGAAGGAGAAGGAGAUCGAACGACGGAUCAAUGCUGGUGUCCGUCUCUUCGGCUUCCUGCUCAUGUGGGAGAGCUUCAACUACAUGUUGCGCCCUCUCACGUGGGUGUUUUCAUUCCUCUGGGUCAUUGGCACCGUGCUCUUCUUCAUCGUGCAUGCAGGGACAUUUGCUUGCGCCUGCGUUUGCUCGGGCUGCACCAUUGGAACGGCCUGGAUCUUCUAUCGUCCUGCCUAUGGUCUUUUCCUGUUUUGCGUGCCUCUGCUGGUUCUAUACUUGUCACACCUGCGGGCAAACGAGCAGCACUUCUGA